UUGCCGGCGCCCGCCGUGAAAACCCUAGCACCCCACGAGAAGCGAUUCGAGGCAACGCACAUGCUGAUGGGGUUCGUCGCCGGUUCCUGGAUCGCCACGAGUUUCUCCCCCCGCGGCGGCACAGCCUGCCGGGGACCGCCCCGCGGUGGCGACGCUCCCGGCUUGGCUUCUCAGUCCGGAGUCCAAUCCAGCAGGGGAUGCCGCCUUGACCACCUCAAUCUCCACUUUGGCGUCUCGGACACGCUCGGGUGUCGGGGUGCCCUAACUGCCUAAGCAGCAAAAUUGGACUGCCUUGGAGAGAUGGCUUCAAAGGUUCGCCUAGCACUUUGAGUAGCCAUGCAAUUCAUGAUGCCAUUGGACACGAAUGCUUGUGCACAACCAACCAGAAGAGCUGGUGAGAGUGCUGAUACUGAAAGGUUGAUGGAAAGAUUGAAUAUUGGGGGCAUGACACAGGAGAAAGCAUUGAGGAAGAGGUGUUUUGGUGACGGAGUCGCUGGAACCGCACGAUGUGUGUUCACGUCAGAUGCUGAUGGAGACACUCUUCAUCUUCAGACACAAUCCUCCCAAAAGAACUAUGCUGAUGCAAGCCGUGUUUCUGCUGUCAUUUUGGGUGGAGGCACUGGAGUACAACUCUUUCCUCUGACAAGCACAAUGGCUACCCCUGCUGUUCCUGUUGGAGGAUGUUACAGGCUUAUUGAUAUUCCUAUGAGCAACUGCUUCAAUAGUGGCAUAAACAAAAUAUUUGUGAUGACUCAGUUCAAUUCUGCUUCUCUUAAUCGCCAUAUCCAUCGUACAUACCUUGGUGGGGGAAUCAACUUUACUGAUGGGUCUGUGCAGGUAUUGGCUGCUACACAAAUGCCUGAGGAACCUGCUGGAUGGUUCGAGGGUACAGCAGAUGCCAUCAGAAAAUUUAUGUGGAUACUUGAGGAUUAUUACAAUCAAAACAACAUUGAACACAUUAUAAUCUUGUGUGGAGAUCAACUUUACCGGAUGAAUUAUAUGGAGCUUGUGCAGAAACAUGUUGAUGACAAUGCUGAUAUUACCAUAUCAUGUGCUCCCGUUGACAGGAGCCGAGCUUCUGAAUAUGGACUAGUGAAGUUUGAUAAUUCAGGACGUGUGAUCCAAUUUUUUGAGAAACCACAGGGUGUUGAUUUGGAGUCAAUGAAAGUUGACACCAGCUUCCUCAGCUACACAAUAGAUGAUACACAAAAGUAUCCCUACAUUGCAUCAAUGGGCAUUUAUGUCUUAAAAAAGGAUGUUCUUUUAGACAUUCUGAAGUCAAAAUAUGCGCAUCUGCGUGACUUUGGAUCUGAAAUUCUCCCAAGAGCUGUUUUAGAGCAUAAUGUGAAGGCAUGUGUAUUCACAGAAUAUUGGGAGGACAUUGGAACAAUCAAAUCAUUUUUCAAGGCAAACUUGGCCCUCACCGAGCAGCCUCCAAAGUUUGAAUUUUACGAUCCAAAAACGCCUUUCUUCACUUCACCUCGACACUUGCCUCCAACAAAAUUGGAGAAGUGCAAGAUCAAAGAUGCAAUAAUCUCCGAUGGUUGUUCCUUUAGUGAAUGCACCAUUGAGCAUUCUGUUAUUGGAAUAUGUUCACGCCUUAGCAUUGGGUGUGAACUCAAGGAUACCAUGAUGAUGGGCGCAGAUUUAUAUGAAACCGAAGAAGAAAAUUCAAAGCUAUUGUUAGAAGGUAGGGUCCCAAUUGGUGUAGGCGAGAACACAAAGAUAAGGAACUGUAUCAUCGACAUGAACGCUAGAAUUGGCAGGAAUGUGGUCAUUGCAAACGCUGAGGGUGUCCAAGAGGCUGAUCACCCUGAAGAGGGAUACUACAUAAGGUCUGGAAUUGUAGUGAUACUAAAGAAUGCAACCAUCCAGGAUGGAACUGUCAUAUGAAAGCGUAGACAAGCCUUGAAAUCAAGCACCUCCAAUCAUCUCAAGGCUAGCAUCCAUUGAUGUGGUAUGGUGCGAGAGAUGGCAUGAAAAUGCACGAGUCAAAUUCAAGACGGAUAGCAUAGCCUUCAUGGCGAAGUGGUGUUUUUGGUUUAGUUGUAUGCAAUAAGCUGCUCGAGGAGGUAGCAGGAACCUUGUGUAACUGCAUCAUUCUGCAUUUAGUUUGUUUUGAAAUGGAAACUCUAUUAUUCUAUUCUGAAAUUUAUACC